AUGGCGGCGCUCUACCGCCGUCUCCUCCUCCUCAGCCGCCUCUCCCAGGCCCCAUCCCACCUCCUCACCCGCACCACACCCCAUCCCGCGCUCGCCCCCCCGCUGCUGCUCACCCCAUCCCGCCACCUCGCCUUCUCCUCCGCCGAGGAAGCGGCCGCCGAGCGCCGCCGCCGCAAGCGCCGCCUGCGCAUCGAGCCGCCGCUGCACGCCCUCCGCCGCGACGCCUCCCCUCCGCCCCCGCGGGACCCGAACGCGCCACGCCUCCCCGACACCACCUCCGCGCUCGUCGGCCCGCGCCUCAGCCUCCACAACCGCGUGCAGGCCCUCAUCCGCUCGGGCGACCUGGACGGCGCCGCGCUCGCCUCCCGCGCCGCCGUCUCCUCCCGCGUCCGCCCCACCGUCUUCACCUGCAACGCCAUCGCCGCCUCCAUGGUGCGCGCCGCGCGCCACGACGACGCCGUCGCGCUCUUCGACUUCUUCUUCCGCCGCUCCGGCAUCGUGCCCAACGUCGUCUCCUACAACACCCUCAUCCUCGCGCACUGCGAGGCCGGCCGCGUCGACCACGCCCUUCUCGCCUACCAGGAGAUGCUCGACGGGGCCACCUCCUUCUCCCCCUCGGCGGUCUCCUACCGCCACCUCACCAAGGGCCUCGCCGCCGCCGGCCGCAUCCAGGACGCGCUCGACCUCGUGCGCGACAUGCUCAGCCGCGGCCAGGGCGCCGACUCGCUCGUCUACAAGAACCUCAUCGACGGCUACAUCCAGCUCGACGACUGGGACAGGGCGUUCGAGCUCUUCGCCGAGCUCCGCGAGAAGACCACCGUCUACGACGGCGUCGUGCACACCGGCUUCAUGGAGGGCUACUGGAAAAAAAGCAUGGACAAGGAGGCCAUGGACAGCUACAGGUCCCUCCUCGACAUGAACUUCAAGAUGACGCCGGCCACCUGCAACGUCCUCCUCCAGACGCUCUUCAAGCACGGCAAGCACAAGGAGGGGGACGAGCUCUGGGAGACCAUGAUCGACAACCACAACCCGCCCAGCUUCAUCGGCGUCAACAGCGAGUCCUACACAGUCAUGGUCAACCGGUGCUUCAACGAGGGCAGGUUCCACGACGCCAUCGAGGUCUUCCACAGGCUGCCCAGGAAGAAUGUCCAGUUCGACGUCGCCUGCUAUAACAACAUCAUCGGGAAGCUCUGCGAGAACGGGAUGCUUCCGGAGGCAGAGAAGCUGUUCGAGGAGAUGGAGAGCAAGUCGGUGCUUCCCGACGUGUACACCUACACCUACCUCGUUGACUCGUGCUUCAAGGCUGGUCGUGUGGAGGACACCAUGCAGUAUUUCCACAAGAUGGCGGAUGGGAGGGAGCACGGGCCAAAGUUCAAUAUCGCUUUCUUCAAUCGCAUGUUUGAGGGGCUUACGGAAGGUGGCCGGAUCGAAGAUGCCUUGAAGGUGUAUGGAAGGAUGUCUGACAAAGAGAUUAAGCCGUCCGCAACCACCUUUGAGAUCCUCGUCAAGGCAGCCUGCAAGGAAGGGGAAUUGGAUAAAGCGCGGGACCUGGUCAGGGACAUGGCAAGAGGCGGCCUUGUCGCUCCAGCCGAGUUCCGUGAGUAUACUGUUGAGAUUUUCAAGAAUGCUGAUCGCCAGGAGGAGAUUGAGCAAGCUUUUGAAGAAAAGCCAGUGCCAGUGACACCUCAGCCAAGGCCAGAGUUUCGCCCUCGGAGUUCACCUCAGGGACUACCGGGAUUUGCUGCAUCUAAUCAGACGAGGGGUAGCUACGCACCUCAACAAGGCCAGUCAGGCUAUGGUUCUCCUCAAUCAUUCCAUCAUGGCGAUGGUGUACCUAAAAUGCUGCAACUUAAGGGGAUAUCUUCGGAACCCGAACAGCUUGGAUAUGGCACUCCUCGACCGCAACCAUCAGCAGAUGUUGCUCAUCAGACUCAGCAUCCUGGGUAUGGCACAUCUCGUCAAUGGCAGACAGGGUAUGGCUCUCACCAAGCGCAACAGCCUGCGUAUGGCUCUCAACAAGUGCAGCAGCCAGGGUAUGUCUCUCACCAGUCGCAACAGCCAGGUUAUGUCUCUCGCGAAGCGCAACAGCCAGGGUAUGGCUCUCACCAUGCCGGACAGCCUGGGUAUGGUGCUCACCAGGUGCAACAGCCUGGGUAUGGCGCUCACCAGGCGCAACAACCUGGGUAUGGCGCUCACCAGGCGCAACAACCUGGGUAUGGCGCUCACCAGGCGCAACAGCCUGGGUAUGGCGCUCACCAGGCACAGCAGCCUGGGUAUGGCGCUCACCAGGCGCAACAGCCUGGAUAUAAUGUUCAUCAAGUGCAACACACUCAUCAAGCGCAACAACAUGGAUAUGACACUCAUCAGGCGCAACGGCCUGGGUAUGGUGCACCUCAGCCAUCACAUGGUUCUCCUGAAGCACCACAGUCUAGUUUGGAUACUGCUCAGAGCCGGCCACACUAUGGCCACAUUGGAAAUCAGCAUGGUCAGUUUGGGUCUCCUACUCAGGGUGGAAUGAAAUCUGGCACUCAGUCACAGCAUGAGGAUUUUGGUGCUCACGCAUCAGAUGAAAUGGUUGUCAAGUAUGCUGAGCGGUACUAAAUUUUUGGCAAUUUUGUGCUCGGAAGAAAACAUAUUCUAAAUUAAGCAAUAGGUACUGCAUGUAGUCCUAUAUAGACACUGUUAUGCUGUUUCAUUCCACAACACCCCACCCC